AUGCCUCGGGGGAAGAAGAGUAAGCGCCGGGCCCAAGAGAGACGCCGAAAGGCCCAGAUGGAGUCUGGGAGAGUCCCGAGUGCUCAUACCUCUGCAGAGGAGGGGGAUGAGUCCUCCUCUUCCUCCUCUUCUGAGGUUUCUUCCCUGGGCAGCCCUGAGCCUGAAGAUGCCUCCCAGGAAGGUGCCUGCCAGGCAGAGUCGCGGUCUGAUGAAUCCCGCAGAAGCCCUCUAGACCAGAAGGCGAUGCUGCUGGCGCAGUUCAUGCUGCGCAAGUAUAACAUGAAGCAGCCCAUCACCAAGGAAGACAUGAUGAAGCAUGUCAUCAGGAAGCACAAGUCCUACUUCCAGGAGAUCCUCAAGAGAGCCUCUGAGCUGAUGGUGCUGGCCUUCGGCAUUGAUGUGAAGGAAGCCGACCCGGCCGGGCACAGCUACGUCCUGGUCAGCAAGCUGCACCACAGCGGGGAUAGCAGUCUGCAUGGGCAGAUCAUGCCCAAGAAGGGCCUCCUGAUGACCAUCCUCUGUGUGAUCUUCAUGAAGGGCAACCGCGCCGCCGAGGAAGAGAUCUGGGAUGUCCUCAACGCAAUGGGCAUACAUGCUGGAAAGGAGCACAACCUCCACGGCGAGCCCACGAAGCUCAUCACAGAAGAUCUGGUGAAAGAAGGCUACCUGGAGUACCGCCUGGUGCUCCACAGUGAUCCCCCGAGCCACGAGUUCCUGUGGGGCCCACAAGCCUACGCCGAGACCAGCAAGAUGGAAGUGCUGGAGUUCUUAGCCAAGCUUCACGGUACCCAGCCAAGCGAUGGAAGCAAAGUUUAUCAUUUCCAGACCAAGGCAUUUGAGAGUCAGUGUGCCUGCUUUCUGCUCAAUUCAGCGGCAAACAUUGAGAGCUUGUGCUGA